GUUUCCACCGGCAGUGUUGGAUAACCCCACCCAGCUGGAACCUCUUGCUUCGUAAACUUUGUAUUUUUGCCAAAUAAUUUGCAAAUUGCAAUGUUUGAGAGCUGAAAUAUAAAAAAAAAAUAGAAAUGGAAGUUGAGCAGACGUCGAUCAGGUCGGAUACAAACUCAACGUGCGAGUUCCUGGACGCAGAGGGCGAUCCGGAGGCAAACGAACCGGAAACGAGUCUCUAUCAGGAGGCGGAUCACGACCAGGAGGCUGAGCAACAGAACCAUAGUAUUAUCUCGGAGCUAAGAGAUGGCCUUGACAACACCCGGAAUACAAACACCAGUGCCCUCAGUCCGGAACCAGGGCAGCAGACAAAAGGACUGGCUGCCUCCGAGGAAUCCCUGGCGCUGAGCACCUCGACUAGUGCUAAAACGGAGGAUUCCGUUGGCGGAUUGGAUGAGGAGUACGACUAUCAGCAUGACACCCUGUGGCGGGGUCAAAAGAAACACAUUUUCAUCCUCAGCGAGGCGGGAAAACCGAUAUUUUCCCUGCACGGCAAUGAGGACAAGUUGGCCACGCUUUUCGGUGUAAUCCAGGCUCUGGUUAGCUUCGUGCAACUGGGUCAGGAUGCCAUCACCUCCAUACAUGCGGCCGGCAUAAAGUUUGCCUUUAUGCAGCGCAGUUCGCUUAUCCUGGUCGCCGCCACCAGGAGUAACAUGAGUGUCCAGCAGCUCCAGUUACAGCUAGGAGAUGUCUACAAUCAAAUACUAUCCAUACUGACGUACUCACACAUGACGAAGAUCUUUGAGAAACGCAAAAACUUCGAUUUGAGGAGACUGCUCUCUGGGAGCGAGCGAUUGUUUUAUAAUCUGCUGGCAAAUGACAGCAGUAGUGCCAAGGUGUCCAACAACAUCUUCACAUUUCUGACCAACUCCAUACGCGUCUUCCCGUUGUCCACAACGAUACGCUCGCAGAUCACCAGCGCCAUUCAAAGCAACUGUUCAAAGAUUAAGAAUCUGGUGUUUGCCGUGCUGAUAGCCAAUAACAAACUCAUAGCACUGGUCCGCAUGAAGAAGUACUCCAUACAUCCAGCUGAUCUGCGUCUCAUCUUUAACCUGGUAGAGUGCUCGGAAUCUUUUAAGAGCUCCGAGAACUGGUCGCCCAUUUGCCUGCCAAAAUUUGACAUGAAUGGCUAUCUGCAUGCACAUGUCUCUUAUUUAGCGGACGAUUGUCAAGCCUGCUUGCUCCUGCUAUCCGUGGAUCGGGAUGCCUUCUUCACGCUGGCGGAGGCCAAGGCAAAGAUUACGGAAAAGCUGCGAAAGAACCAUUGCCUGGAGGCCAUCAACGAGGAGCUACAGCAACCCUACAAUGUAAAACUUUACCAACAGGUUGUGGGAAUUCCCGAGCUGCGGCACUUCUUGUACAAGCCGAAAAGUACGGCACAAUUGCUGUGUCCCAUGCUCAGGAAUCCGUACAAGUCCCUACAGGAGCUGGAGCGCCUGGAGGCCAUCUACUGUGACCUGCUGCACCGCAUUCACAAUAGCUCUCGGCCGCUGAAACUCAUCUACGAGGUGAAGGAGCGCGAGGUGGUGUUGGCCUGGGCCACCGGUACCUACGAACUUUACGCCGUCUUCGAACCAGUCGUAGACAAAGCCACCGUGAUUAAAUACGUGGACAAGCUUAUCAAGUGGAUAGAGAAGGAGUACGACGUCUACUUUAUACGAAACCAUGCCACAUUCUAAGCUGUAGCUAGCAUUUCUAGGGAAUUUUGAGAUAUAUGACUAUUUUUAUAUUGCUCUUCUGCCAAACAAUCCAGGACAAAGUUGUUGUGCUGCUGUUGUGACGGCUUCUAUUUAACUGAUCCUUGUAUACCACAAUUACGGAUGUACAGUUGUAAUUUAAAGAUCUAAGUAAAUUCUUAAAACUUGAAA